AUGAGGAUAUCACGUUCCAUUUUAGCUGUGCUGGCACUGCUAGUGGUAGGGAGUCAUGCAGUGGGCUGGAAUGCAACAGAUUUCCCAUCAUGCGCUGUGAAAUGUGACGAACAGCUGUUUUCCUCCGAUUGCUCAUUGACCAACGGUACGUCAUGUUUCUGUGCCAGUAGCUCACGUCCCACCAAACUGUUGGCGUGUGUUGAAAGAAACUGCUCCGUAAAGGACUUUUUCACUACAAAACGUUUGCACGAAAACGAAUGUGAUAUUCCAACACUCCGAGGCCCUGCAGAGAUCCAGGCCUCAACUGUCAUUCCUUUAAUUCUGGGGACAUUUUUCUUUCUUGCGCGAAUGUUCGCUAAGAGUACCGGCCUGGCUGGUGGAUGGGGAUUGGACGAUUAUACCAUCAUCGUCUCAUAUAUCAUGGGGGUCGCCAUUUAUGUGUUGAAUAUCUACAUGAUUCGCUGUGGCUUUGGUCGAAACAUUUGGGAUGUUCCCUUUCCCACAAUCACAUUAUUCUACAAGUAUUUCCAAGCUUUGGCCAUCAUGUAUAAGGUCCAAAUUUCCCUCGCCAAGAUCUCCGUCUGCCUCUUCCUCCUCCGCAUCUUCCAAUCACGCCCCUUCCGGUACCUUUCAUAUGUGCUCAUCGGUGUCAACGCUGCCAUCGGUAUCACCUGGGCUCUGGUGGACUCUUUCCGUUGCUUGCCAACCCGCCUGACGUGGCUCGGCUGGAUGAAUGAGGAGCCUGGAACGUGCAUCAAUUUCAUUGACUCCAUUCUCGUCAACUGUCUCGUGAAUAUCUUCGUCGACUUUAUCAUGGUUGUGAUGCCGGUGUAUGAAGUCGUCCAACUGCAGUUACCCCUGCGCAAGAAACUGACCGUCUCAUUGAUGUUUAUCGUGGGUUCUGUGCUGACAAUCAUUGCAAUCAUCCGAGUCGUCGUCUUUUGGAACCACCGUUGGGGAGCAAAUCAGACCUUCGGCUUAUACCCGCUUAUCCACUGGACCGUCAUCGAGUCCGAGAUCUCUAUCAUGUGCGCUUGUCUACCGGCAUUCAGAGCCCUCAUUGGGCGUUAUUUCCCCAAAUUACUUGGAGGUUCGGGCUACCGCACCAAUUCAUCUCGCGCGCAGGAAUACUUUCAUCAAAAGUCAACAGAGAGCGAAAGCAGGAUUAACAAGUCUGUCACCUACUCUGUCAACUACGAGCCGCAAUUGCCGACGGGUAGCGACUUGGAGUUGUUGAGUAUGGAUUCGAAAGAUCGUCAAUGA